AGCAAUGGCCGCGGCCGCGGCAGCGGCAGCAGGCGCGGCGUCCUCCCUUGUCCCCUCCACGUCCCCGCGCCGCCUCCCCUUCCGUCCCACCCACAGACCCCUGCUAGCCGCCACCCCCAAGAACACCCUGACGGCGCUGUCCCCCAAGCCACCCCGCCUCCUGCACCCGCUCGCCGCGUCCCCCUCGUCGCCGCCUCCGCCCGAGGAUGCUGAGACGACAGACCCCGUCAAGCUCGCCUUCGCCCGCGCGGCCGCCUACAAGAAGGAGAGGGCCAAUCCCACACCCAAGCCUCCGCCACCGCCGCCCACCUCCCCUCCGCCGCAGCCUUCCGCGAAGGAGUCCGGCGGCGGCGGCAAGGGGGCCUUCGAGCGGGCGCUGGAGUACAGGAACGGCGACGGCGGCGGCUCUGCGCCUCUCGGUGCGUCGCCGACUUUUGGCCAAAGCGCGUUCGCUGGUAAAGACGGUGCAUUCGGCAAAGCGGCGAAAACGAAGGGGGGCUAUGUGUACGAUGACACGGAUUUUCUGGGCCUUGACUUUUUCGAGAAGAAACGCUAUCAAGGUCCGCCUCCAGGGCUGUCUGGAGCAGUUGAUCCUUUUUCAAAUGAUGAAGAUUUUCCUGAGGUGGAGAUAGUAAUUGGCGAUCCUAGUAAAUUUGGGAAGUCGCGCCGUUUAACAGAAAAUCAACCAGGAGUAGAUGAUAGCGUGUCUGAGGAAGCUUCAAGUUCAACAAGCGGCCAGCAAAAUGGCGAUAUCAAGGCUGAGGAGACAGCACCUUCAACUUUUCUACAGCCAGAAGAUGAUGAAAAAUCGGAAUUCUACAAACCCAGGGUUACAUCAUGGGGAAUGUUUCCACGGCCACAAGAUAUUUCAAAAGCGUAUGGGGGUGGGAGAAAUAUAAGCCUCGGUGGAGAGACUCAAAGUGCUGAAGAGAAGGCAGCUAAAGAUAAGCGCACCAGAGAACUCCUAGCUGCAUAUAUGGGUGGACGAAACAAGACACUUGAUGCCAAAACCAAGGCAGAGUGCACCCAGGCAUUGAAGGAAGGUGAUGAGCUUAUGAAUGCUGGAAGGCUGAAACAAGCUUUGCCUUAUUAUGAAAAAGUGAUGCAGGCUGCAGACUUUAAGACCGAACUCCAUGGAAUGGCUGCUUUGCAGUGGUCCAUCUGUCUAGAUUCACUCUGCAGGUCCAAGGAAGCCAUGAGCAUGUACAGCAAGCUAAAAUACCAUCCAAACACUCUAGUUAGCAAGAAGGCAAAAAUGUUCAUGUUCAGCUUCCAGGCGGCGGACUUCCUGAAGGUCGACGGCAUCCCCGUGCCACGGAACACAGGCUACGAAGGGUACUUCGACCAGUUCGGUGGCCAGAGGAACUACUACGCGAACCCCGACGAGCCCGAGGUGGGGAUUCGUCAGAUCAUCCCGUACAUGAUCUUUCUUGCCUCCCCUAUCUUUUUCGUUGCUUUUGUUGCUCUGAGAAAAUCGUUUAUGUUGUAAAAAGAACACCAGGAAAGCAUAUGUUCCAGUCUCUGUCAUCUUAA